UGGCUCGCCUACUCCCAGAGACUCCCCGGUCUCUCGGUUAAUGGUGGAGCAGGCCGCUCGCCAUCUUAGGCGUGGCGGAAAACUCCGCCGCCAAGAUGCUUCCGGACGAAGAACCUUCUAAAAAAUCCCCCUCAGGCAGUCAGGAGGGUCUCAUGGCAGCCCAUGGCAGCCCGGCUGCCCCCAGCACGUCAGAGCCCGUGAAAGUUCCAAAAAUGAAGUUUUCCGUACGUGAUCAAAUCUCUGAUUUGCGGAGGAAGAUACAGCUGCUGGAAGGGGACGAGAAGGCCUUUUUGGAGAGCACGGAAUGGACGAUGGAGAAGAACAAGGAACUGAUCGAAUACCUGCAAGAGAAGAAUAGGAAGAUGCACAAGAAACUGGGGCGACUGCUCAUGGGGGAUGACCACAUCAUGAGGAGAGUGUUUCAGGAGCGGCAGGAAGAGAAGCUGUCCACGAGGAACAAGAAAGGGAAGGCAGUCAUAGACCUGAUGGACCGCCGGGUGUGCAAGAAAAUCAAGCAGCUGAAUGCCUUGAAGUAUCAGGUAGAGCUGCGCUAUCGGGCCCUGCAGGAGCUCGAGCUGCAAUACCAGAUGAAGCUGCAGGAGACCUUGGACCUGCAAGCUUCCCAGAACGAGGAUGCUGAGGAGAACAAGAUCAUUCGCAACUUGGAGAACCAGUUGGAAAAGACUAGGUACAAGAUGGAGGAAGCCAAGUGCAUUGCCAAAUUCUACCGUCAACUGAAGGCACACAUGCAGGAGGAAAGACUGACCUUCCUGGGGAAGCUGGACAACGUGGAAGCAGAGGUCAUCCGUCUGCAGCAGGAGUCCACCAUCCUGGAUGGGAUAAAGCAGAAGGCCCAGGCUAGCCGAAACUCAGCCAGGGCCCAGUUGCAGGAUCUAGAAGAAACCAUGUACCUCAUUCGGAAACAGCAGGAGAAGGAUCUGAAUGACUUCAAGAGGCAUGCCGAGGAGAGGAGGAUUCAGAACGAGCGGCUAGAGAGAAAGCGGGACCACAUUCCUAUCGCAGUGGAGGAGCUGACCACCAGCGAUUCCCAAGUUUCCCAGCCCGAAGAGGAGAAGGAUGAGUGGCUGCUCCAAGUAGAGCAGGCUUUCAAGAUAGUCAGAGAGACCACUGGGAUUCCCAACGCCCAGAUGGUCCUGAAGCACUUCCUGACCCAGGGAGAUGUCUUUAGCCACCUGGAGGUUCUGAAGGAGGAAAAUGAGGAGUUGAUGGUGCAGCUUAAGGAGAAGAAACAGCAGAAGCAGCAGGAGCUCCAGGACCUCAAGUUCAAAGGGGAGGCCCAGGUGGCCAGGAGAAUGCAGCUGCUGGAAGACUUGAAGCAGCAGCUGCAGGCCGAGGAGGAUCGGCGCAACCAGGCCCGGAAACGCAUGGAGCGGAUGACGCAGGUGCUGAUGAUGGCAAAGGCCAGUGUGGAGCAUCUGUCCUGCAGGCUGCAGCACAUCACUGUUGAGACCAGCCCUGACUCUGAAGAGGAGCCGGACCCGGCUACUAACGACUACGUCCUGUACCAGCUGUCCCAGAUGCAGAAGAAGAUCAUGAAGAUUCUGCGCCAGCUGGAGGGACGGGACAUAGGCACUAUGCUGAAGCAGAUUACUGAAGAGGCGUUCCAGAACACUCUGGAAGCGAAGCUGCCCCUGUGCAAUGUUCGGAUCACUUUUGAUAAAGAAGAGCCUGAGGACAAGUUAUUUGAUGAAGACAGUGGGGAUGAUCAGCGGGAGGUGAUGACCCGAGCUGCUCUCAAGCUCCAGUCCCAGAAGAUCAUUGAGAUGCAGAACAAGAAGGGGCGUGCAAAGAAGAAGGAACAGCAGCAGUAAUCCCUAACACUGGAAGCUGCAGCCGCCCCUCCCUCCCAACCCUGCUUUCUCCCACCCCUACUACUUGCCUAGCCUCCUGUGGUGAGGUCCUGAGGGAACCAGGCAAGGGACACUUCAGUCCACUCUCUCCACCCCUUGCUUUCCUCUUCCUGCCCCUAACCCUGGUGACAUGACAUGUUUGUGCCCUCUGCUCAGUUGGCCUGAGCAGCUCUCCCCAGGGCCCGGGAGAGACGAGGGCCUCCUCAUGGUACUGUAUAAGAACAAGUCGCAGUUGUAUAAGAACUAUGUGGAUCCCAGUCCCUGGGGAAGACUACCAGCUAAGAGCCCCAAGCAAGGGAGGGACUAGAUGGUUCCCACCAUAAAUCUUCCAGCACAGUGAGCCCAGGGGGAGGAGUUGACAGGGGUACAGCCGGCUUUGUCCCUGCUCUCAGCCUGCACUGGGUCCCGCUUUUUGGAUUAGAGGUUGAAUAGAAGGAAGCCGUCUCCUCCCUGGGCCCAGCACCUUCUUGUCCCCUUUGUUCCCUCUUUCCACACUCCUGGCCUUCCCCAACACCCUCUGCCUGUUUAGUAAAUUAUUACUUAUUCAAGUGAAUAAAGGUUGCUGAGCAGA